AACCACUUCUCUUCGUUGGACCAACGAGCCCCAACGAAUCCCCGCACCGGUUUUUAAAACCUCUUCAGCACUAUGCCGGUGAUCUGUAUCGGUCCCAUUUGCGUCCCCUGGUCAGUGAUUCCGGCCAUCGUCUUCUUCCUCUGGAAGUUUGCCAAGCCUUUGCUCCCCAAGGAGUGGGCGGAGCGGGUCGAACAGCAGAUGACUAGGUUCAUGGACUUCUUGCGCGAGAAGGGCGUGCCAGGCUUCGGAAAGAAGAAGGGCGCGGCGAGCGCCCCAAACCAAGCCGUCUCUGCAGUGACGUUUGGAGAGGUGAACCACUUGACCUCGGCGGCACAGCUGGACGAGCUGCAGCGGCGCUCGAAGCAGGAGUCCUGGGCCCUGGUCUUGGACUUCACGGCGCCGUGGUGCAAGCCAUGCCAGGCGCUGAAGCCCCGCUUCCAGGAGCUGGCCAGGCAAUAUCCCAAAGAUUGCUUCCUCGAGGUAGAUGCCGAUGAGAUGGACGACGUGACCGCGAAACACGGCGUCAUGGGUUUGCCCACCUUCCAAAUCUACCGCCAUGGCGAACAAGUGACCACCAGCACAGGCUGCGACGAGGCAGCCUUGGCCAAGCUGCUGAGUGAGCACUUGGGAGCUCCCACCGAGGGGAAGAAGGGGCAGUGAAGGAGCCAUGCGGUUCCGUAAAUCCAGAGAUUCGUGCAGAUCAGAACAAGCAAGACCUACUCAUGAAGAGGGCAUUGGGUUUGAGACAUCCGUUUCGAAAACAGGGGUGACUCCAGCCUUGGGAGGGUCUGGCUCUCAAGCCACAAACCUUUUCGCGCCCGCGUGAAAAGGUUGCAGUCUGCGAAGAAGGGGCAAGACUCAAUCAUGGUAAAUCGACAGAACACGGCACUGCACUGACAAUGUAGUAUAUGAUAAUGUUAUUGUUGCUGUUGUGGAUUUGUUCCGGCAGGAAUUUCGGCAUAUUCUUCGACAUGAACACACCUUGCAGUCUGUAUGCAUCAUUCAUGACCACUCAGCAACCAAUCGCGGAGGCCAUCAGAUUUGGGUCACUGCUCUAACACUUCAGAAGUCCCCGUCGUCCUUUGGAGAAUCGACCUCGGCAUUUCCUGGUAGUUUUCCUUUCGACCCAUCUGGCAGGUUCUAAAGUAGUUGGUGCAACACACCCACCCU